AUGCAUCCACGGAACAAGCACCGGGACUACUUGGACUACCGGGACCUGGCAGCCCAGCAGAAGGGCUUAAAGCGCUUUGUCUUUGUAAACGCUUGGGGCGGUGCUUCGAUCGACUACUCCAAUGAGGAGGCCCUCGAAGAGUUGACUCGGAGCUUACUGGCACAGUUCUACAAGAUUCAGAGCUGGAGGCUGCCUGCUGGAUACCUUUGCCCACCCGUGCCCCAGAGGGCCGACUAUGUGCACACCCUAGCAGAUCUGCUGAAUUCUUCCUUGGCUGAUGGCGAGGCUACUGGACCUUCCGUUCGUGGUCUCGAUAUCGGUACAGGAGCAAGCUGCAUUUAUUCUCUGAUAGGAUUGCGCGAGUAUGGCUGGAGCUUCAUAGCCAGUGAUGUGGACGAAGUUGCGCUGAAGAACGCUGAAGCCAUACUGCAAGCGAACAAGCUGACACGGCAGGUGUCCCUCCGAAGACAGGAGGACCCAAGCCGAAUCUUGCCAGGAGUGCUACUCCGCGGUGAGUCCAUCGCCUUCACCAUUUGCAACCCGCCCUUCCAUGAGACGCUGGACCAUGCGCAGAAAGCUGCGACCGCGAAGUGGCGGCGUUUGAGCAAGGGCAGACAGGUUUCAGACUUGAAGAACUACCAGGGUCAGGAGGUAGAGCUCUGCUGUGAGGGUGGCGAAGUGGGCUUCGUGCUGCGGUUGGUGGAAGAAAGUUCACGGCCUCGCUUCCGCUUGGCAUGCCUGUGGUACUCGAGCCUGCUUUCUAGGCAGUCAUCCAUGAAGCCAAUCCACCAACGCCUGGGUGAGCUUGGUGCUAAACGUCGCAGGUUUGAGAUCUGCCAGGGUAGGAAUGUGAAAUGGGUUAUUGCGUGGAGCUUCUACAUGCAGUCUGAGCGAGCAUCAAAGCUGGUAGAGAUGCUUGAAGCCGAUACAUCUGCAGAGAGCCUGGAGCGAAGUGCAGAAGCUGCGGAAGGAGCCGGGCAUGCGCAUGUCAGCGAGACUUCGCACACAAAGCGCCGGCGCACUCAAGAACCGAAUGCUGCAGCAGAAAGGAAGGUCCUGCGCUCAGAGGAUCGCGGCCUGCUCAGCUCGUGUGCAAAGACAGCCUCACUUCCCCACUUUGUUUUACACUUUAGCUUGAGCCCGAUGGGCACCAUGGACUCGGAGAAGGCAAAGCGCAUUACGCAGCUGGCUGAGAAGCAGAGGAAGUCUCUGGCCAUUGGUCGGCAGGAUGAGGCCGAUGCCCGCGAAGAGGCCAAGGAGGAGGCCUUGGCACAGGCCCUGGCCACCGACAGCAUGAGCUACGACUUCAAGGAUGCCUCGAGAAGGAAAGAGCUGGGGGUCCCUCGCUGGCUCCGUCCAUGCUACAACACCUGCUACAACAAGACCUUCAGAAGGUUAAGAAAGCAGCUGAAGCCGCUGGUCCGGAACAUGUACUUUGACAUUGCGUCGACGCUGACGAUCCUCAUUAGCGCGAUCAUCAUGGGCGUUGAGGCAGAGAUCUGGGAUCCAAACGGCAGUGUGCCCAAGCCAGUGUGGAUUGAUGUCUGCACGUGGCUCAUCAACGUAUCCUUCGUGGUAGAGUGGACGCUUCGCUUCAUUGUCGGCGGCGCUCUGUGGCUGAAGGAGACCCUCAACAUCCUCUUCACGGUUGCUGUGUGGGCUCCGUUCUUUUUUGCUGCUCUGGGCGACACAGUCGAGAUCGUACGAAUCGUCAUCAGGAUGCUACGAAUUGGCAAGGUCAUCCACACGAUCAAGAAUGUCAAGGGCUUCAAAGUCAUUUGGCUUCUCCUUUCAGGACUGUUCGCAUCGGCAGGGACGCUGUUCUGGUCCUGCCUGCUGCUGGCGACUUCCGUGCUUUUUUUUGCCAUUAUCGCUGUGGAUCUGAUUGGCUACGCGGAAGCUUGGACGUAUCAGCCAGAGGAUGCGAUUCCGAGAUGGUUCAUCUCCAUACGCAGUGCGAUGUUCACCAUGAGCCGAUUCAUGAGCUCGGACGGAGCAAUGGACGUGGUGGAGUAUUUGAUGCAGGUCCCAUGGGCAGUGGACGCUUCUAGCCCAUAUCCCACAGAGGGCCAGCCAUACAUUUGGAUCUUCCUCUUCUCCUUCCAGGCGCUGUCGCAAUACGUGAUCCUCAACCUGGUCACGGCUGUGAUUUGCGACAAUUCCAUGAAGAUUGUCAGCGAAGAUGAGGCCAACAAGGCGGCAGAGGCCGAGGAGGAGAAGAAAAAGCAGAUCGAGGAGCUGCGUGAGCUUUUCAAGCUCCUAGAUUCCGACGGCAGCGGCGAGGUCGACACAGCAGAGUUUGAUGGCGCAUUUGAGAUUCCAGCGCUGAAGAACAAGCUGCUCCUCCUUGGCCUGGAGGAGGGCGAGCUAAAGCGCUUCUUCCGCGCGCUGGACUCCGAUGGAUCUGGGUCUAUGGGCAUUGACGAGUUCUGCGAGGCCGGGCGGAGAGGUUUGGCCUUUGAUUCAUUCUCAUUCAGGGUUUGUCGUUUGGCAGUCUUUCGGGCUUAG